GCCGCCGGGCAAGCAGUACAAGAGGACUCCGCAGGACCUCGGCUUCGAGGACGUUGGUGAUGGCGUCCUGGCGCGCGCUGCCAGGCUGCGGGUCGGCAUCACCGUCGGCAGGAUGCUGCAGGUCGGCAACCUGGACCGGCCGAAGCCAGAGGACGGGCCGCUGCCGCCCGGCCGGGCGACGCUGGAGGUCCUCGUCAACAG